AUGGGUAGAGACGCACGUAUUCUUGUGGAGAGCACGGUGACGAACGCGUCAGAUGCGAGAGAAGAGGCAUCUUCCUCGUCAAUGGCUGCCCAUAUGGGCCUGCCGACACCACCUAAUACUGCCCACCGCGAGGAGAAGGAAAAUCGGUGGGCGCUCUUCCCAACCGCCUCACGCGUAGUGUGGUCAGACUCUAUCCAAUAUCACACUAUCUCAGUCUCCUCUCGCUCCAGCACCCUCUUCGAAUCUAGCGCAUCCAGACUUCUGCCGAGGAGAUCGAUUCUUAAGAAGACGGUACACGUCCUUCCACCCAUUCAGGAGGAGUUCCAGAAGGAGGCUACUCCGGAGCCCUCAGAUCCUCUCGUCAAUUUGCACUACUUGGAUGGUCCUGUGUCACGCAUCCUCGCUGCAGACGCGUCCAUGACCGACCUCAUCAAGGCAUAUACAGUUCUCACCGCACGUUUGCGUACGUGCGUCCCAGGGAACACCGAUGCCGACGCGUCGUGGCCACUCUUCCAGCCUCUCAGAUAUCAUCGAGAGGCGUUCGUGGAUGCCCUCGUCAGGGAUCUCGAGCGAGCGUUGGUAGACCCCACCGCACCCUCUGUUCAACCAAAGGACGAGCCGGUCUUCUCUCUACCAUCUCCGAAGCAGUCGCCGAAGAAGAAGCGGAGCAUGUCUGGGGAGGAGGCCAAGGACGCGCGCGAUCUCUGCAUGACGUGCCAGGCGGUCAUGAAACUGCUAGCAGUUGUGUUCACCCUGCCAGCGGUGUACCAGAUUUUCACUGACGCGCAGCUCGGUUUCGUUCUGACGCAAGUGCUUGCCAUCCCAUUGGCGAACGAGCUGCCGACGCAAAACGCGCGUAAAACGAACGCGUUGGCGAUCUGGCUGCUCCUCACACAGCGACUGCCCCCGGAAAUCCUUGCCCCUGCAAAGGACCGGAUUGCUUACGCGUUACGGCGCGGGAUCGAAGGCGAGCUCGGGAAGGAGGGAAAAAAGGGUUCAGCAAGUGACGGUCUGAGGGCAAUUCAUGACUUGUCGACGACGUAUCCAGCGCUGUUUGUCCCAGCAUUCACCGAGCUCCUUCCCUCCGUCCUGGCAAACCUACUGGCACCCACCUUGGCGUUGCGGAUACAAGCCUGUCAUGCACUCGGCGGGUUCGCGUAUGCCAUGGCAUCGCUUCCGCCGAGUCCCGUACAUACCCGCAUCUCUGAACUGGUCGCGGCGUAUCUCACACGCCCCACGACGACGUCCGACAAGCUGCAUAGUCCGACGCAGGACCUGCCCAUCAUCCGCACGCUGCGAACGACGCUAAACGCCCCCGAGGCAGCGCACGCCGCGCAGGGCCCCGUGUGGGCAUGGUGCGUGCUCGCGGCGUUCAUUGUCCUUCUCGGCCCCACGCUGUUCGUCCGCGAGAAGCUGACGACGACGAUGACAGCAUUGCUGUCGCUCGGGAUGCGCCACCCGAAAAGCACGGUGCGCGCGGUCGGGUGCAUGGCGUGGCACGGCAUGACGUGGGCAUAUUUCAGGCCACUCGCAGAGCUCGAGGGGCAGACAGAGGAGGAUGAGGAGGAUGCACCCGAGUCCGAAGAGGACAGUGAGAUGGAGGCGUUCGAGAUAGAGGAGUCCGAGAUGGAGGAGUUGGAGGAGACGGGGACAGAGAAGGUGGUGGGGCGCAAGCAGUAUUACAAGCGACUGGAUAGCGGGUGGAAGAUCGUGCAGGACAAGGUAGAGCUGGGCACGGGCAUCGCGAUAAUUGGGGCGUUGCUUGGGCGCGAGCCGGGGGUGACGACCGACGAGCUAUCGCUGAAGCGCACGAUCUCGGUGCUCCGCUCGAUGAUGAAGAAGGGCGGGCGUACGUUCGAGGAUGCGCUCGAAAUCACACUGCAGCUCGUGGACCAGGAGCCUCAGAAGGAGUGGGACAUGCGUAAGCUGCUUGCGCCAGGGCUCUUCUCCGCGAAUCCCGGGCUGCUCACUGCCCAGUGGAACAGCCUGCCGCAGGUGGUACGUCCACUGCUCGAGGACUGCCCGCAGCCGGCCGACGUCCGUUCGCUGACGAGGGACGAGCUAACGAUCGAGUGGGUCUUCAAUGGUUUGUUGCAAGUGUGGAGAGCCGGACUCAGUGCCUUACGGCUAUACUGGCCGUGCGAGAUACCCGCUGAGAUCGGAGAGAUCUGGACCGGACUGCUCAGCGCGAACGUCGCUGCUCUGCAGGAUGCAGGGGACGAGGAAGCGACUGCCGGGUUCGCAGGAUGCAUCGUUAAUGUUCUCGUCGACAUUCUCCGAGAUCGCACACUAGACAUCAGCGCCGACUCGGACGACGGGCUCACUGAGCUCAUUCCCACAAGCGACUCGCGGCCGGUGCAGCGCCGGGUCUCACUCCUUACCCGAUCACGCUGGAACCUGGUGCUCAAGCUGGUCGUUAUCCGUGAGCUCUGGACCAUCGCGCGGACGAUAUUCCCCAGGUCUGCACUAAGCGGCCCCGCCGAGAAGCUGCUCAUGUACCUCGACCGUCAUGAGUCUGAUCUCGUGGACGACAUGGACCUCCCGGACGACAUCAGAAAGCAGUGGGCGUACCUGUGUGCCGAGGUCGCAUUUGUGUGCGACGUCUAUGAGCUGAAGCAGUUCUGGGGCCGCCGCAGUUACGGAACGAGAAAACAGGAGAGGAACUGGUCCGACGACGUGCGAUGCCUUGUGUGGCGGAAGUUCGUUAACAAGCUGUCGGAAUGUUCGGGCACCUGGGAGGCCGCUGUCGUCCUCCUCGGCGUGCCGUUCGUAGAAGCCAACUCAUGGGAGAUGUCUACAGAGGACCUCGAGACUUGGAAUACCCUGCUUCGCACCACGAUGGACAACGCACUAGACUAUGGAGUCGAUUCCGUCUCCGUCGUGGAUCUGGUGUCCUCGCUGAUCUCCUCCAACCAUGCACCAACAUUGGCGUCUUCCACGCGUGUGGCCGACCUGUUACUCUCUCAUCUGGAGAUUGGCGAAGCACGUCAGAUACCCUUUGACAUGAUGGAGUUCAUCAACGAUACGUUGAUCUCGACAUAUCCACCCGAGCCUAGGAACAAAGUCUUUUGUAUGUGGCUGCUGAGGUCGCUUACCCGCGUUAUCGACGCCUGCCCAGUCGAGCUCUCCCUGAAUUUGUUGGAGACGUUGCAGGAAGGCUUGGUCAUUUGGAUUGCCGAUGACUACGAGGUGUUCACACCCGACGAAUAUUCGAUGGACAUCCUCCCGAUGUAUCAGACACUUUUGCUCGGGAUGCAGUCGUUGCCAUCUUCGCUAUCAACGCUCGAGUCCAUUGGUCCGCUACUGGAGUCUGCAUUCAGCGUACGAGAGGACAACCUGAGCUCUGUGUCACAGACGUUUGAUGAGUUCUGGCAGGCGAGUUACGCUCAGUUGCCACGACCUCGUCAGGGCUGGCCAGAAAAAAUAGAGAAUUGUCUUGCAGUAAUUUCCGGGGAUGCCGAUCUAUCUAUCAUGGACGCGAGCCUGGAAUGUAUCCCUCCUAGCAGCUUCCUCCUGACGGAUGCGGCGCCAGGACACAAUAUAGAAGAGGUGGAUGAUACGGAGAAGUAUCUCUCUCCGCUUGAGGAUGUGAUUGUCGAACCACUAUCCGCAUUGCUUCCUGCUUUCUGUGGAUCGCUGAUUCCAGCCGUGGCUGGACGUUCGGAUGCCGUCAGUCCACCCUCAACUCCGAAGUCAUCGCAGAGACCGCUACCCUUGACCAUACCGACACGGCCGCAGAAGCCUUCAGGGCAGAAGGAUCUGGUCUCCAUCUGCUUCAAGUCCUCAUCGCCAGUCCUCCCAUCUCCCACUCGGUCACUACUUACCCCAAGACGAUCUCCUCAUUCCGGUUCCAGACACGUGUCGUCCUCUGUUAGGCGGCACGGCCUCCAUGACAAGGAAAACGCCACACCCCUGCGCGCUGUUCCCUCUGUCGCAGAACGUAUUGCGAUGGUGUCACCAUGUGAUUCGUCCACGCUGGGCAAGCGACACUUGACAGACGAAGUACAGGAAGAGAAGGCGCCGAAGAGAAGGAAACUGGAGGUGGCUUCUGUCGGACCUAUCCUUGGAGAAAUUACCGUCAACUCGGUAACCGAGGAUAGCGAUAUUCCACAGGACAGUUCUGUGCGACCAAACACACUCUUCGAAACUUCCCAGGUACAAAACGCAGGUUGUCUAGACCAGCCUCUUUACAAGCUCUCGGGAGCUCCCUCGGGCUUGGCGACGAAGGCUUCUGAGCUGGGCAUCACGGCCAUCCCAUCUUCAUAUUCAAAACCGAGCAAGAAGCGGAAAGGCGUCUUCCUCGAUGCCGUGGAAGUUCCUACCUUCAGUGAAGUCCUCAGGCUCGAGCGUCAACGACCUUGCCGGGAACCCCGCUCUUGCUCUCAGUUGUCUAGGACCGCUGCCCUAGCCAACGAGUCUCGAGGACUCCUUCGGCGAACUCGCUCUGCUACCAAACUGCUGGGAGAUGAGACUACGUUCCUUACGCUCGACUGCACUCCUUGCAAAAAGCGCAAAAGCUCUACUCUGAGAAUCGAGCCCAUCCCCAGUACAUCAAGAUUAUCGCCUCUCGUGCAGGUCGUGCUGGAUGGACCAAUUGUUGGAAGUGACGACUCCAUCAUGCUUGCAUCACCUACAAAGCCUAAUGAUCUAUCCUCCGACGAUGACCCCCAUGUGGGUCAAGUUACCCCACUUGGCCUGGUAUCUCCCGCCAUCCGGCGCGUCCGAGGGGACGAGUUCGACCUCUCAAGCGACGAUUCGGUCAUGCCAGCAAGCCCUUCCCGCGACCGCGUUGCUCGUCGGAUUGCUCGCCUUCCCGAGAGAUCUAGCGUGAAGUUGACGCCUAUGGGCGGUCUGUCGAGCGCUACCAGCGGUUCGUCUUUACCUGGGUAUGAUGCAUAG